AAAAAGUGUCUAAAUCGUGCUACAAUUAUGUUCACUUGAGGGGGAUUUCAAACAAAAAAAAAGUGGUGGCCUGACCAAAGUUAUUAUCUAUCCAAACGGUAGUCUAUCUACCACAACUUCCAUCGAUAUUCUCCUCUUGCUAUCUCUCUGUAAAGCUAUGAGGUCAAUACUCUUUCUACUCGCAUCAAUAAUACUCUGCAUAUCAACCUUGAUCUCGCUUCAUCCUUUUAGGUUUUUCUGUCACUUAACCAAUGUGGAGAAGCCAUUGAAUGAUGAGUCUCAGCAAUCACAAGUGAUCCCAAUUGUGGGUGCACUUGGUCCGGAGAGCUUUGCAUUCGACCCUAACGGUGGAGGUCCAUAUACCGGUGUAUCAGACGGUAGGAUAAUCAAAUGGCUUGAAACUGAAUGCCGGUGGGUCGAUUUUGCGGUAACUUCUCCGGAGAGAGAUGGCUGUGCGGGGUCACAUGAUCACGAUAUAACUGAGCACAUUUGUGGGCGCCCAUUGGGCCUACAGUUCAACAAAGAGUCUGGUGAUCUCUACAUCGCCGACGCAUAUAUGGGCCUUCUUAUUGUGGGCCCUGGUGGCGGACAGGCCUCUGUGGCUGCAACCCAGGCCCAAGACAUUCCUUUUGGAUUUAGCAAUGCUUUGGACAUCGACCAGCGUAGUGGAGUAGUGUACUUCACCGAUAGCAGCUCACGUUACCAUCGGAGGAACCACAUUCCUCUGAUACUCAGUGGUGACAGUACUGGAAGGCUAAUGAAAUAUGACCCUAUUAGCAAGGAAGUAACAGUUCUUCUUGGCAAUCUGUCAUAUCCAAAUGGAGUAUCAUUGAGCAAAGAUGGCCACUUCAUUAUUGUUGCAGAGACCACCAACUGCAGGAUUUUGAAGCUCUGGCUAGAAACAUCAAGAGCUGGGAAUGUCGAAGUUUUCGCUCGAAUCCCGGGAUUUCCAGACAAUAUUAAGAGGAACAAUGAGGGUGAGUUUUGGGUGGGAAUUCAUUCAAGAAGAGGAAUAGUUUUGAAUUGGAUUCUUUCAUAUCCGUGGAUUGGGAAGGGUUUGAAUAGGCUUCCUAUUGAUAUUUCCAAACUGUACUCAUAUUUAGUUAAGUUUACAGGGUCUGGGUUGGCAAUGAGAUUGAGCCAGGAAGGUGCUGUAAUAGAAAUGUUGGAGGAUAAAAGGGGGAAGAAAUGGAAGUUCAUUAGUGAAGUAGAAGAGAGAAAUGGAAAUUUAUGGAUCGGGUCAGUAAGCAUGCCUUUUGCGGUCAUCCAGUCCAACAAGCUUUAAGUUAUCGGAGAGUGUAAUUUAAAUAUAUUUAUAUUUUUGGCACUUGAAAUUUUUUUAAUAAAGAGGGUGGCAGUGAAAUUUGAACACAAGACAUCCUUAUC